AUGUCGACAGACGACACCCAAGCCGACCGCCAAUUACACCAGACGCUCGAAUCAGCCUGUCGUCGUCGCGACCCCAUCACAACGCACGGGUCACGCAAACACUCGCGCACCGACGACUACAAUGACUACGAUGACGAUGAAUUUUCCUCCGACUAUUCCUCCGAUGUCUCCGGUCGCUUCGACGACGCAGACGAAGAAUACGCCAUCUCCGCCCACCCGGCCAGCUCGCCCCGGUCCACGCACUCCGCUAAGCGCCGUCGCUCCAACGACUGGCCCGUAGAGGAGCUGCUACCGCCACCGCCGCUGAAAGAGACCGGGUCGACAGGCUCGCGCUGGCGCUCGCCCUUCCAUAGUAGGAAUAAUUCCAGGACCGACCAUGGGUCGCCGCGCAACGCUUCGGGCCGGCACGGACGUCAGGCGGGUCCCAGCGGGCGAGGCCGCCGGUCGCGGUUCAUCGAGGGUAUGAUGAACGAUAGUGUCAGUGAGAAACCGCCCAGUAUCUUUCUGCGCGAUGGCAAGUCGGCCAAUGGACAGGAGGGCCCGACGCAUCGGUCUUCGGGCAUUUUUCGCUUCGGUAAGGCCAUUGCGUCGGCGUUUAACCCGUUCGGUGGGUGGGGGAGUGUUGCGGUGUGGAAGGGGUCGCCGUCUGCCGAGGCGAAUAAGGAGCCUGUGGACGAUGAUAUCGCGCGUGUCGAGAAGGCGUACGCUGAGUUGAAGAAGGCUGGCUAUCGGGGCGCCGUCAAGGGGGAGUAUAUGGCUGGUGCUGGGUCGCAGUCCAGUAACAACCUCGCGGACCAGACGUGGAAGUCAAUUCAGGAGAAGAUGGAUUACAAGGCGCCGACGGGGCGCCACUCGAGGCAGAAUUCAGGCGAGGUUCAUGAGUCGGGUAGCUCGCUGCGCAAUUCGUUCCAGGAAAUUCGCCGUGCUAAGUCGUCACUGGGCAUCACUUCGAGUUUUAUUCCCCUUGGUCGUCGAUCAGAGGAUACCGAGCAGCCGCAAUUGCGCAAGCAAAAAUCGAAGAGAGAGAAGCUGUUGAGACGGGUAAGCACGCUGGAGGAGAAGCUUGAAAAGGCACGGCGAGAGCUGCAGGAGCUCAUGGGCGACGAUGCACCCCCGGUCCCGGAGAGAUCUCAAUGUCAGGAGUCAACUCACCCCAGGAAAUUCGUGCCCGGUGCACUCCCUACACUCCCCUCCGAGAGAUUGCUCAACAGCCAUGACCCAGUAUCCCCAAUCUCGCCUACAUCCGACUCAGCCCCGAUGUCGCUAUUAGAGAACAUCCAACGUUCUAUGCAAAGCCAGGAUCCUACACAAAUGACAACCAUCGAGCCAGAGUCCACCAUCAAAACCCCAGCCAAAUCGCCCAGUCUACGAACAACACAGUCAUUGACAGUUGACAGCCCAUCCCUCAAGCGCAAAUCGCCCGAUCCCGAGUCCGCCAGUGCAGCAAAUACCCCAAAAUCCCAGAAAGAAGGCGCAACAAACCACACCGAGGAAGGCAACCAAUCGGACUCGUCUCGCCGAUCCAAACUCCCAAAGACAUUCAGAGGCGAUAGUCCCGGCUCCGUAGAACGCAAACAACCCCCGCGACACCGGGAAGAGAACAGCACCAGACGUUCCCCCAGCGAAGAACGCGGCCGAAGGAGAAGAUCCUCGCAACCGCUCCGGUCACACAGCAAGCGAUCACCGUCGGCGAGGAGAAGGGCAUCCAACUCUCGGAACCGAGGCACCCCGUCACUUCGCCUGAAGAAGGGACGUGCCGAUCUGAGAUCCGCCAGUACGCAGGCUAUGGAUAUCGACAAUCACGAUAAAGAGAACCAGCACGCAAGCCAAUCCCGCCAAGACCAACAGCAGUCCGAUUCCGUUGAUCUGAAUCAAACCGAUCCAAGCCCUAACUCAUCCCCAGCGAAGAGAAAGGACCAGCGGUUCACAUACAACUAUAUCCCGCCUGUGCCUCCGUUGCCCAAGAAUAUAGCCGCGACAGCCGCGAAAGUGGACAGAAGGCUAGCAAAGGAGAUUGGGAGACGCGAGCGGAACCGCAAAUCCAAGGCUCAGGGAAAGACGAAUGGUACCGAGGAUGGGUUCAGUUGGCCUGACGAUAUUUUCUAG